GACCUCAGUGCAGUCGUAAGCAUGACACGGAAUUCCACACCUGCGAUACUAUUUGGCUCAUCAAGUAAGCUGCGAAUCUGUUUAUUGGACCAAGCCGGCCUUUGAGCGUCCUCGACAACCGCAAUGGUCGGUGUGCCGACGAGCAAGGGGUGUUCCCUGUGUCUAAAACGCAGUGUCAAGUGCGAUGAGGCACGACCGAGCUGUUCACAGUGUCGAAGGGGCGGCCGGACUUGUCCUGGUUACGCGCGAGGCAUGAAGUUCGUAGAUGAAGGACCCAAAUUGCGCCGCCCAUCUCGGAAGUCUACUAUUCGCGUCUCCACAGGGUUACCUGGUCAAGGCUCCAACUCAUCUGUAAUGGCUGACAAACUUGAUACUGUUCAUGGCCAGUUCGUCCGCUCUCUCACAACGCGAGGCCAUACUAUAUACCAUCAACCCACCUCUUCGACUCUCGAGCGCCAACAAAUUCUAUCUUCUUUUGUGUGUGCCAUGUUUCCUCUAGGAGCUGCUUCAGUACAAAAGUCAUUCCUCGGAAGUUGGCUCUGGCAUGUGCCCCCUCGCUUAAACUGCUGUGCAUCUCUAGAUCACGCGGCCCUUUCAGUUGCCUUGGCAUAUUUUGCACGCGUGUCAGGGGAUCAACUGGUGUUGCAUAAUGCCGACCUUUCAUAUACUUUUGCUUUGAAGAGUUUAGCGAUAGCCAUUGGCGACGCGACCGGGGGGUUGGAUGCAAACGUGCUUUGCGCGACCUUACUUCUUGAACUUUUCGAGAGCAUUGUUAACAGAGACCACUCUUGGAUCCGUCACGCGGGUGGCGCGGCACGCUUAAUGCAACUACGGGGCGCCCGACGAUGUUACGAGUCCGCAUUCGAGUAUUCCAUGUUCCUCGCAUGCCGCGGAGCAAUUAUUUAUGAAGCAUUGGCUUCCGGAGAGCCAUGUUUUCUGGAUACCCAGGAUUGGCAGUCUAUCCCCGAUGGACUCAUCGAGUUUCCAUUGUUACCCGACUCGCCCGAACUGCAUCACACCAUUUUUCGUUAUUUUGCAGCUAUUCCUGGACUGCUGAACCAAGUAAAAGGAGUGACAAAUGACACCCCCGAGAGUGUUUACCUGUCCAUACUUUCCAGCGCUCAGAAUCUACGUCAAGACAUCAGAAGUUGGCACAACCAAUACAUCUCAAUUGAUGGCGGCCUGAGAAAGCAAGUCCUGGAGACGCUACACGCAGUUUCAGACAGCGACGAUCUGUUUAAUUCCAAUUAUGUCUACAGAGACGUCAUGUCUGCAACCAUCAUUACGACAUGCUAUGCGUGUCUCAUUGUUCUCAACAAGGGAAUAGAUUGCCUGCAAUCAGAGGACAGCCAAAUGAGAGAGAACUACGAACUCGCGCAAGAAAUCUGCAUGUCAGCUAACUAUUGCUCACAUGCAGGAUAUUGUGGAACUCAGGCAAUGAUGUUUUCAUUGCCGAUUGCUCAUUCGGUAUUGCCGGUCAAGUACCAUGCAUGGACAGGGGCAUGGAUGGCCAAGUUUUCAAGCAGUUUAGAAGCCACCAGAAUUCAGCUCAAGCAGACCUGACAGCUCUAAAUUUACUAUGACGAGGAUGAGCUUGAACUAUGACCUGCCUGCUUGUCAAUCCAAUGGUAUCGCAGCAUGAUGAUGAAUGUGGGACGCAGAAGAGCGGC